AUGGACAACGAGGACUCUAUCCCUGAUCAGAGGCCCCUGGCUCUGUGGAUCUUCAGGUGGAGAGCUGCCAACCCUGGUAAGGACACCAACCAGAUAGAGGAGCCACACAGAAGGCUGGCCCAGCUCAGCCAGGACCAGCCCAGCAUGCAUGUGUGCUUCAAAAUUGUCAAAGAGAAGCACCAGAUUGAGUGGAAUCAGACGGAGCCCCGCUCCCGCCCCAGUCAGACGGCGCCCCGCCCCCACCCCACAGUCAGACGGCGCCCCUCCCCCACACGACAGUCAGACGGCGCCCCGCCCCCGCCCCAGUCAGACGGCGCCCCGCCCCCGCCCCACAGUCAGACGGCGCCCCGCCCCCGCCCCACAUCAGACGGCGCCCCGCCCCCACCCGAGUCAGACGGCGCCCCGCCCCUCCCCACAGUCAGACGGCGCCCCUCCCCUCCCCACAGUCAGACGGCGCCCAGCCCCUCCCCACAGUCAGACGGCGCCCCGCUCCCACCCCGCAGUCAGACGGCGCCCCGCCCCUCCCCACAGUCAGACGGCGCCCCGCCCCUCCCCACAUCAGACGGCGCCCCGCCCCCACCCGAGUCAGACGGCGCCCCGCCCCUCCCCACAGUCAGACGGCGCCCCUCCCCCCACCCCAGUCAGACGGCGCCCCGCCCCCACACCAGUCAGACGGCGCCCCGCCCCUCCCCACAGUCAGACGGCGCCCCUCCCCACAGUCAGACGGCGCCCCGCCCCUCCCCACAGUCAGACGGCGCCCAGCCCCCAACCCACAGUCAGACGGCGCCCCUCCUCCACACGACAUCAGACGGCGCCCCGCCCCCGCCCCAGUCAGACGGCGCCCCGCCCCCGCCCGUCAGACGGCGCCCCGCUCCCACACGACAGUCAGACGGCGCCCCUCCUCCACACGACAGUCAGACAGCGCCCCGCCCCUCCCCAGUCAGACGGCGCCCCGCCCCCACACAACAGUCAGACAGCGCCCCGCCCCUCCCCACAGUCAGACGGCGCCCCGCCCCCGCCCGUCAGACGGCGCCCCGCCCCCACACGACAGUCAGACGGCGCCCCGCCCCCGCCCCCAUAGUCAGACGGCGCCCCGCCCCCACACGACAGUCAGACGGCGCCCCGCCCCCGCCCGUCAGACGGCGCCCCGCCCCCACACGACAGUCAGACGGCGCCCCACCCCCGCCCCAGUCAGACGGCGCCCCGCCCCUCCCCGCAGUCAGACGGCGCCCCGCCCCCGCCCCCAUAGUCAGACGGCGCCCCGCCCCCACACGACAGUCAGACGGCGCCCCGCCCCCACACAACAGUCAGACAGCGCCCCGCCCCUCCCCACAGUCAGACGGCGCCCCGCCCCCGCCCGUCAGACGGCGCCCCGCCCCCACACGACAGUCAGACAGCGCCCCGCCCCCGCCCCCAUAUCAGACGGCGCCCCGCCCCCACACGACAGUCAGACAGCGCCCCGCCCCCCCACAGUCAGACGGCGCCCCCGCCCCCACACGACAGUCAGACGGCGCCCCGCCCCCCCACAGUCAGACGGCGCCCCGCCCCCACACGACAGUCAGACAGCGCCCCGCCCCCCCACAGUCAGACGGCGCCCCGCCCCCACACGACAGUCAGACGGCGCCCCGCCCCCACCCGAGUCAGACGGCGCCCCGCCCCCCCCACAGUCAGACGGCGCCCCGCCCCCGCCCACGGCCCCAGACCACAGGAGAGGACGAGCCGGGCGCCCUGGACUCCAGGAUGGGGCUUCGCCGAGACGGGGGCGGGAGGGGCGCUGAAAAGGGGAUGAAGUGA